UGUUAUUUUAUUAUCGUCUGCAGAGCUACUCGUCUAUCAAAAAAGUGAAUACGAGUAUGUUUCAGGAAGUCAAAGAUAUUCCCACUUUUAAGUGUGUGCUUGUUGGAGAUGGUGGAGCGGGUAAAACAACCUUUGUGAAGCGCCACAUAACUGGCGAAUUUGACAGAAAAUAUGUUGCAACACUUGGCGUGCAAGUGCACCCUCUGGUUUUUCACACCAAUCGAGGUCCCAUACGAUUCAAUGUCUGGGAUACAGCUGGCCAGGAGAAGUUCGGUGGUCUUCGGGAAGGGUACUACAUCCAGGGUCAAUGUGCGAUUAUCAUGUUCGACGUCACUUCGCGCGUUACAUACAAAAAUAUUACAGCUUGGCAGCGAGAUCUAAUGCGCAUUUGUGAUAAUAUACCGAUAGUGCUGUGCGGAAAUAAAGUGGACAUCAGUGAGCGCAAAAUUAAGGCAAGACAAAUAAUGCGAAUGAGCAACCAGAAACAUCUAAAAUAUUUCGACAUUUCCGCUAAAUCAAACUACAAUUACGAGAAACCAUUUCUUUGGCUGGGAUCCAAAUUGGUUGGAGAUCCCCAUUUGCAAUUUGUUACAAUGCCAGCCCUUCUGCCGCCUGAAACCCAAAUAGACGAUAAGUUGAGACUGCAAAUAGAGCGCGAUUUCAAGGAAGCACAGGAGAUUCCCUUACCCGAGGAAGAUGUCGAAAUGCAAUAGCUUUUCCGUUACAACAUGCCAGAAAUAUUUCAAAAACAACAGCAUAAAAUGACACAAAAGCUGCAAGUAAUAAAAAUACAACCUAUAUUGCAGACUAAAGUAA